AGAAGGGAGGAAGGGAGCGUGGGCGGAGUUGCCGGAGAAGGAGGGAGAGUGGCUCUGGAGAGGCGGCCGCUGCCCCCGCCCCUGCCCCCCGGCUUUCUGCUGCUGCUGCUGUCGAAGAAGCGGACUGUGCACGUCCCGGCUCGGUGGAUGCUAGCUGGAAAAGGAGCCAAGGCAAGACUGAGUGUGAGCGCCUGACUCACUGACAGCUGAUCGGAAAGCUUGGGUCUGCAAAACUCUUUACAAGAAUUGGGGAAAAGUCAACUUGGCUGACUGGUCCAAAGCAAGAGAGGGAACUAGCUGAAGGAGGGUCAGUCUGGAGCAGGACAACUCACUGCCUGAUUUUGGAGAAAUAACCCAAAGCUCAUGAUUUCCUGAUGGCAGGUGGGACUCUUAUUAGAAGAGCAACACGAUUACCUUCUUAUAAUGCGCUGUCUCAUUGAUAGAAGAAGAUACAAUUUGUACUGUUUUCUCAAGGUAAAGAAUGAGGACUAAUCUAUAUUGAAGAAACUGAAGUAACAUUUCAACUAUUCAGUUCUUCAACAGCUCCUUGGACAGUGCUCAGCAAUCCUAAAUAACAAAAACAAUGGCUGCAAACAAGAAUAAAAACCAGAGUUCAUUAGUUCUUCACAAAGUGAUCAUGGUUGGCAGUGGAGGGGUGGGAAAAUCUGCACUUACCCUUCAGUUCAUGUAUGAUGAGUUUGUAGAAGACUAUGAACCUACAAAAGCUGACAGUUAUAGAAAGAAAGUGGUCCUUGAUGGAGAAGAAGUGCAGAUAGACAUUCUGGAUACAGCUGGACAAGAAGAUUAUGCAGCUAUUCGAGACAACUACUUCCGUAGUGGGGAGGGGUUUCUCUUAGUUUUCUCCAUAACAGAACAUGAAUCCUUUACAGCCACAGCGGAAUUCAGGGAACAGAUUCUGCGUGUUAAGGCUGAAGAAGAUAAAAUCCCUUUGCUUGUGGUGGGAAACAAAUCUGACUUGGAAGAGCGGAGACAGGUACCCAUUGAAGAAGCCAGAAGUAAAGCAGAGGAAUGGGGUGUCCAGUAUGUAGAGACAUCUGCCAAAACUAGAGCCAAUGUAGACAAGGUAUUCUUUGAUUUAAUGAGAGAAAUAAGAGCAAAGAAGAUGUCAGAAAACAAAGAUAAGAAUGGUAAAAAAAGCAGCAAGAACAAGAAAAGCUUUAAAGAAAGAUGCUGUUUACUGUGAUUACUGAGGUGGAUCAAAUCUGUCAGUUGUCACUGAGGACAUAGAGCUGGAUUCAUGAAAGGAAGACUAUUUCUUUAGUUGUACUUUCGUUUCUUUUAACCUGAUUCAUGCAUUAUUUCUUUAAAUGGGGAAAAAAAAAAGGAUUUGUAAAUCAGUCAACAGCUGGCAGAAAAAAAAUGACCCGUUUUUCCUGGAAUGGAACAACUCUCUGUCAAUUUUUUUAAAAACUAAAAGCUUAAAAAAAAAAAACAAACUUAGUAUCACAGCCAGAAAGUAAUCCAAUGUUAAUUUUAAAAAUACUCUAUUGUAGCUUAUGAUAUUUUUCCAGUUUUUUAACCUUAAACCAUUUUAGUCAGAAAUCAAAAUUUUUUUGUUUUCUUUAGGUUUGGGGAAGGAAAACCAGACUUCCACACACAGUAAUUUAACACGUAACCAUUUUAUUAAGGGCAGUCAGAAAUAAAUUACAAAGCAAAUUAUAAAGCAAAUGGUUUGAUUAUGUUUAAUGACUUAGUAAAAUUGAGUGACUUUUAUAGACAAAUUUUUCUUAGUAUUUCCCAGUAGCUAAAAUUUAAAUAUGAGUUUUCUCAACUAGGUCAUUAUAAAGUUCAUAACCCUCAUUCAUACACACUUAAGGUAUGAAAUGUAAUCUGUUCUGGCUUUAUUUUUUUUAUAAUAUUUAAAUAUUGGCUAGUUUUACCCUUAUUGUCUGGUUCUUCCCUAAGGGUUCUAAGAUUGUGUGAAAACUUUAAAACAAAAGUGCACUUUCUCAUACUUUACCUUUUGCAGCUUUUUAAUUAAAAAAUAAACAACUGUUCCACAACACACUUUAAAACCUCAUAUUUAUGCUAACUUCAUACACUAAUUGGCAUUAACAAUUUAACAAGCAUCAUUUUAUCCCCAGAUUAAUUGUCAUUAUUUAAAAAUUAUACUUUUUUUUCAGAGCACUGAUAAAACUCCUAUGCAUGUAGUAAAUGUUGCUGGUGCUCUACUUUUUGUUUCUUUACUUUUUGUAGUUUAAUACAAAUUCCUUGAAAGAAUGAUGAGCUACAGUUGUAAUUUAAAAUCAUGAAGCCUAGAGCCAGUGCCAGACAUUUUGCUACCUCUCACAGAAUUACUCAGUAAUUCUAAAUUUAAAUCAGAAAAACAGUGAGGAGAGUGAAGGUAGGUCACUGCCAUGUUCUCUGGUUGCAGUUUUUCAUAUAGUUUUCCUCUGACAGAUAUAUUAACAUUUAGAAAGAGAUUUUUAUUGGUGGAAGAAAUAUGGUUUUGUGUAGCUGUCCUACUUGCUGCUGCCAUAUUCCUAAGUUAAGCAAUCAUGCAAAUUUUACCAGAAGGAAGAAUAAUAUGGUUAAAAAAAAGUCAAAAGUUAGCAGCCUUUUCUUUUCAGUAAAAAUGAGACUUCAAGUGUAGGUGCCAAAAAGAAAAAAAGAAUAACACUUUCUAUUUUAUUGUUACAGAAUUGUAAAGAUUAUGAUUUUGAUUUAGAAAACCAUCUUGUAUAACUUCCCAAUGAAUCAUGAACUUUUUUUUGGAAUAAAAAAAAGAAAAAAAACUUC